CAGUGAAGGCGUUGAUGGAGGGUUCCAAGAAAGGGAAAUCAUGAGUGUUGCUCACCAAUGUCCAUGUGCAUAUCUUGUGGGAAUGCGGCCGGUAAAACCUCAACUGUAUAUUUAUUUAAAUAUAACCGACUCGAGCUCAUGUUCAAUUUAAUCAGCGAUAUUGGUAAUGCAAAGCAAGUGGGCACAGCGCGCUCGGCUGGUUCGGAGAAUGUAUGGACUCGGGCUGUGUCUUGAGCAGAUUUUCUUCGGCUCUGCCAGUCUGCCAUGCUCUCUCUCUGGGGCCAAUAUGUGUCCGGCCUUGCUUUCUAAUCGGGUCCUCGCUGUGCGGCUUCCCUUGUGAGCCAUGGCUAUAAAGCCAGGGAGCCUUCUUCCAAUUUGCCGGGGGUUUUCCGCUUGUUCCACUCUGAUCACAUUUCUUAUCAUCCACUUGUUGUUGUCUUCUCGCCUAGGGUAGAGUAGAAAGUGCUACACGCUCAUCAGGCUAAAAUUCCAUCCUCGCCAUCAUGCUCGCCAGCAGCAACCACAGUUCAAGUCUCAAGUCAUAUAGUUCUCUUUCUGUGGCCCAGUUGGAGUCCGCUGAAGUUCCAGCCGCAUCGCUGGAUAACCCAUGUGAGAAGUCACCGCUUUGCGGAAAUAGAGAAACGAACUCAGAAUCAAGCUCCAUCUCGGACUCAGAAUCAAACCACGGACAUGACUCACAUACGGAGUACGACUCGCAUUCGGAUUCCAGCCCUACAGUGAUCGAUCAUGGUGUUGAUCAUACGGUCAUUGAUCUUGAAACCCAGUACGAACACUCGCGCGAAGGUCCUCAUGAAAACAAGAAGGUUGACAAACACGCGUCUUCCACCCCAUGGAAGCACGAGUUUGAAGACAGCCACCCAUACAUUGCGCCAACCAUAAACCGGUGGACCAUGUUAAUCACCUGGUUUACGCCUUACAGACAGCUCUUCGUCUUGACGUUUACUGUCAAUUUGAUCGGGGCAAUUCUGGAGCUUUCGGGUCAUUGGGCGUGGUCGAAAGAUCAUGUGACUCCCUUAGUGGUGGGCAACGUCCUGAUAGCCAUCGCCAUACGGAGCGAAUGGGUCCUUCGCUUUCUAUAUUGGGUGACUGUCAAGACUUUUCGUCCCAAUGUCUUUCCGCUGUGGCUUAGGGUUAAAGUUGUCGGCAUUCUGUACCACAUUGGCGGAGUGCAUAGCGGUUGCGGGCUGUCUGCCUUGCUUUGGCUUGUUGUAGCUGCCAGUGCUGAGUUCCAACAAGCACAUCUGCACCAUGUUACCUCCUUGGUUGCCCUUGGCAUCUGUCUGGCCUGCGUCUCCCUAACUUGCUUAUCCGCUUUCCCUUUUAUUCGCGGACGCUUUCACAAUGUGUUCGAGAUGAUCCAUCGUUUCGUAGGCUGGAUUGGGAUUGUUUUUACUGUCUUGUAUGUAAUCUUGGAAUCCUUAUGGGACGUAGGGGAGCAGCGCUGGGACCCGAGAGCCUCCAGGCUAAUGACAAAACCUGAGCUAUGGUUUUUGGUCACGAUUUUCAUCAUAAUUGUCUUUUCGUGGAUCACAAUCGCGAAAGUUCCUGUCACUGUUUAUACGAGCUCAGAUAAAGCAUCCGUUAUCAGAGUGCCCGGCGGCCUGACAUCUGGGUUGCAUACACGGAUAUCGGUGGGUGGUUUGCGCGAGUGGCACAUCUUUGGAUCCAUUAGCGAAGGAAAAAAUGCCGAGUACCAUUACAUUGUAGCCGCCGUACAAGGGGAAUUCACAAAAAUGCUGAACGUUGACAAGCCUGUUACGCUAUACACAAAGCGCUGGAAGCCAUGCGGUCUUCCCUAUUUCUCUAGACUUUUCAAACGGGGACUUGCUAUGUGCACAGGCUCUGGGAUCGGAGCUGUCGCCUCGACAUGCAUUCAACAUGAUAACUGGUUCCUGAUCUGGAUUGGUCCUAAUUUGGAAAAAACUUACGGCAAAGAAAUCAUGCAACUGAUAUGCGAUCGGAUCCCAGAGAGCCGCCGGUUGAUAUGGGAUACACGGGGACCAUUGGGCCGACCGGAUGUUGUACGGCUCCUACAAAAUACUUACCUAUAUUGGGAAGCUGAAGUGACCUUGUUCGUCGGAAGUCCGGAGAUGAACAGCAAUGUGCUUCAAAGCUGUCGAGCUCUCAAAACACCAGUCUUUGGCUCUAUAUGGGACGCAUGAGGAGCGCUCGGCAAGCUGAAUAGCUUUCAAAACACCGAUCUUGCUAAGCCCACCAGGCUGGACAACGUAUUAGGUGACGAUGAACCAUCUUCUAAUCAUGGAGUUAUUAUCAUCGAUGGACAGUUGCCUAUGGACCUUUUUCACUUUUUCUGUCGAAAUUCUUAUUUGGAGUCAUAUCCCAUCUUAUAAUCCUUGAUGCGCAACACAUCCUUCUAUAAUUAUAAUCGCCCUGUACCACUCGUAUUGCUUGUCUGUAUUUAUUUUUCACUAGUGUAUUUUGUUCAGUAUAUAGAGGAAAAGUGAGUAGUAAAUAGUAAAACAAGACACCAAGGAGCUCGACAAUAGCCGUUAGACAAACGCGCAGAAAAACAAUAAUAAUUAACACGUGGAACUCUCUGACGAAAGCAAGAGGGUGUGAUCGGAACA